AUGUCGGCUCGGACGCGGCAAACGCCUUUCCCGGGCGUUGGAGGCCACUUCUUUAGGGGCUGCCGCGCGCGGGUAGCAGAAGGCGCUGGAGUCUGUCAUGCUGAGGGAGGUGUGCAUAUCGAGCCCCGGUACAGACUGUUUCCCCAGCUGACCAGAUCCCAGGUGAUCAAGGUGGAGUUCUUCAGUGCAAUCAUGUGGUUCUGGAUUCUCUGGCGAUUCUGGCAUGACUCAGAUGCCGUGCUGGGUCACUUUCCGUAUCCAGAUCCUUCCCAAUGGACAGAUGAAGAAUUAGGUAUCCUUCCUGAUGAUGAGACUGAAAAUGUAGACUCAACUCUUUCCAAGAGCCAGACAUCCUAUGACAGCCCCACAGUGACACCAGCCUAUGGAAGAGCUGAGACGUACCCGGAGUUCUGGCUUGAAGAUAAGUCAAUCAUCUGCAGCUGA